UUAAGUUCAGCAGCCAUGCUCAGCUUUUGGGCCAAGAGAAUUGUGCUCAAGCCCGGCAUUUUGGCGCUCGAGGCUUCCAGUAGGAUUAUUCACCUUAACGCCUUGUUGGCCUCCAGAGAGGGGAAUUCGUGUCCGGAGAGCCGGGAGAUAAGCUGCAAGACGGUGAGGAAGUGCAGCCCCACGGACCCACCAGUUCGUCCUUGCAGCGAACAGGGCUGUUCGCAUCCUCGCUAUCCCUGCUGCGUGAACACUCGGAUCGCGGAGAAUCCUUGCCAAAAGUCGAGGAAGAAAAGCGAGCGCUUCGUCUCCAUGUGGGAGAGCUACAAGGACAAGGAGCUCCAGCGGCCGGAGACCAUGUGGCACUACCCCAAGGAGUGCUGUCCGCAGUGCGACGACGUCCGCUUCGACGUGCUGUACUACAAACCCUCUGACAAGUGCCGCGACUACCAGCGCACCUGGUGGGAGUGCUGCCCCCGGAUGAUUCCCAAGCGGGUUUGCUGCUGGUGCGACGCCAUUCCGCCCCAGGUGAUGCGCCGCGACCUGCCCCUCUGCCCGCGAUCCGCCUGCCUGGCGGAGCACGAGGAGAAGCGCUUCAAGUGCCUGAACAAGAAGUCCAAGGGCUGCACUCGCAUCCGGAUGCCCUGCUGCCGAACCUCCCGAGUGCCGCCCGACUGCAAUGCCCUUCCCUACCCCACCGAAUGCGACAAGAUCAAGUGCCCAUUCCCCAGCUACUCGGAGUGCGUCCAGGAGGAUCCGGCCUCGAUUCCACAACGGCCACCCGAAUGCGAGUGCCUGCGGAAGGUGUCCCUUUGCGAGCAGAUCCGCAGGGCCAACCACCUGGCCAAGCACAACAUUAGCAUCUGGCCCUGCUCUCCACGCGGUGCAUAA